AUGGACAGAAUAUAUAAGGUUGAGAAUUAUGGCCAAAAUACGCUUCUUGCAGAAGCGAGCAAUGUUGUUAAGGAACAGGCAUACUAUAUGAAACGCGCAAUUGACCAAGACGGACUAAGAGAUGCUCUCAGACAUGCAUCAAAUAUGUUAUGCGAACUGCGUACAUCCUCCCUAUCUCCCAAACAUUACUACGAGCUUUAUAUGCAAAUUUUUCAAGAAAUGCGUGAUUUAUCUAAUUUUUUUGAUGAUAAAUCUCGUCAUGGAAGAAAAAUGAGUGAUCUUUACGACUCUGUACAACACGCCGGUAAUAUUGUUCCACGCCUUUUUCUUUUGAUAACUGCAGGUGCGUGUUACAUCAGAUCACUUGAAGCUCCAGCCAAAGAUAUUCUUAAAGAUAUGUCUGAGCUUUGUAAGGGGGUUCAACACCCAAUGAGAGGAUUGUUUUUAAGAUACUUUUUAAUUCAAACUUGCAAAGACGUCUUACCUGAUACAGGUAGCAUUUAUGAAGAAAAUGGUGGUGGUACUGUAAUGGAUACGUGGGAUUUCUUAUAUUCAAAUUUUUUUGAAUCUACCAGAUUAUGGAUACGUUUACAAAAUCAUGGUACCCCAAAAGAUAAAUUAAAAAGAGAGCGAGAGAGGCACGAUCUUAGGAUACUUGUAGGUGCAAACCUCGUUCGCAUUUCGCAUUUAGAAGGACUAACCCAACAACUAUACAUUCAGGAAAUAUUACCUAAACUGCUCAACAUAGUCUUAUCAUGUGAAGAUGUUCUUGCGCAGCAAUACUUACUUGAUUGUAUUAUUCAAGUUUUUUCGGAUGAAAAUCAUCUUAAAACUUUAGAACUUUUAUUGUCUGCAUGUAUGAAAACAUUACCUGGAGUUGAUUUGAAACCAAUAUUAACUAAUCUUAUGAACAGGCUUUCAAACUUUUUAAGCCAAAGCAAUGAUAAGAGCUUAAUAAAUGAUGUUGAUAUUUUUGAACUAUUCAGAAAGAACCUUGCUGAAUUACAUGAAAGGCCAGCUCCAAAUGUUCAGAAGCAGAUUGCCAGUAAUUUAGAAAGAGAUUUAUCGAGUUUACUAGAACUCCAUGCUGCAUUCCUUGCGUUUACGCUAACUUUGUAUCCUGAUAAUACGAAUUAUGUAGAUUUAAUUCUUGGAUCAACGGUAACAUUACUGACGAAUGCACUUGGGGUAAGAGUUGACGGAACUUGUGGAUCACUUCUGGAAAACCGUUGUAUUGAUACAAUUGUCGAAAUACUUUCUCUUCCAUUUCAAUCAAUGCCGUUAUCAAUAAUGGUAGAGAUGAACCACUUUCCAAACCUCCUUUAUUUUCUCAAUAAACAAGCCGGAAAAAAAGUUGCUCUUUCAAUGAUUAAUACAGUUGUGGAGAGCAACACUCCCUUUGAUGAUGCGGAUGCAUUACAAAGAUUUUGUUCUUUCAUUUUGCCCAUGUUAGAUGAAAAAAAUACGCAAGCAGAGGAGGAAACCAAUGAAUUUAAGAAUGAUCUCGGUGAAUUCAUUGAUCAACAAAUGAAAAUUUCAAAGUUAGUUCAUCAGAUAAAACACGAAGAUGCAAAUCAAAUUUUUAAUAUGUAUGGAAUCCUUUUUGACCUAUUUAAUCGUGUAGAUAGCUCAAGAUUUAAAUAUACAUUCCCAACUCUAGGAUACUGCGCCAUUAAGCUUAUUGAAACGGCUCUGAUAAAAGAAAAGAUAAAUAACGAUCCCUCAGGAUUGUCGAUCAAAAAGAUAUUACAGUUCAUUCAUAAAAUUGCAACAAUCCUUGCUUCGUGUGCACCAGAGCUAGCACUUGACUUAUUUUUACAGGGAUCAAUAAUGGCUGAUAAAGCUAACGACUCUGAUGGAUAUGAAGCAAUUUGCUACGAGUUUCUUACUCAGAGUCUGGUUUGUUUUGAGGAAGAACUUGCGGAGUCAAAAAGGCAAUUCCAGGGACUCAUGUCAAUUAUUGGAACACUAGUCGGACAGAUCCGAUGCUUAAGCAGAGAUAACUACGAGUUACUAGCUGCCAAAUUAGCGCAGUACUCCGCAAAGUUGUUACGCAAGCCUGAUCAGUGUAGAGCAAUAUUAAUGUGUUCACACCUAUUUUGGAACAACGAAAUAAACAGAGAUCCAACUAGGGUUCUAGAAUGUAUGCAGAAGUGCCUAAAAAUCGCAGAUUCUGCGGUUCAAGUAACCCCAGGUAAUUCAGUGUUAUUCAUAGAUAUUCUAGAGAAAUAUAUGUACUAUUUAGAACAAGGGAAUCCAAGCAUUACAACCGACUUUAUUUCAAAGCUAGUGGCUCUCUGCCGUGAACAAAUUCAGUUCUCAAGUACUGAAAUACCCCAAGGUCCAAAAAUUCUGCUUAACAACUUAACUACUCAUAUAAAGAACAAUCUCAAUGUAUAUAAAGGCAUUCAAUUAAGUGGUAUAGAUUAA